CUUCAGAAAAGGUACCAAGGGGGAUGAUGAUGAGGAAGGUUAGGGUGCUGAGGAAGAUCUUUCACGUCCAAAGAGACGUGAUGUUCACCAUGGUGUUGCUGCUGUUCUUCUGCCUGCUGCUCUACACUCAACAGGUUCUGCUCCAGUCGGGCUGGGACAGAACAGUGUGGCGUCUGGAGAUCGAGGGCUCCACCAGCUCCAGCCGGGUUCUGCUGGGAGCGGUGAGGACCAGAACCGGCUCCGGGUCUCAAGUAGCUCAUGCAGGCCCGGAGGUCCCCGCCUGCAAGACCCAGCCCGAAGCCAGAGCCCGGCAACCUGACCCCAAGCGGAAGGUCAAACCCAGUCAGGCGCCACUCGCCAAAACUAAAAGGAAACGCAAAGGGCUGCGGGGGAGAGUCACUCCGACAAAUAACUCGGGUGACGUAAAGCCGACGAUGCCGCCGUUUGACUUUGAGGCUUACCUGAGGGAGAAGGACAACCGAGACUUCGGGCUGCGCAUCGAUCAGCCUCAGAAAUGCAUGAUGGGAGAGGGAGAGCCCGACGGACCCUACAUGCUCAUUGCAGUCAAAUCUGUCGCCGCAGACUUUGACAAGCGCCAGGUGGUGCGUCAGACGUGGGGUCGGGAGAGGCCGUCCCAGCACGGCGUCACCCUCCGUACGGUGUUCCUCCUGGGGGUACCCCGGAACCAGAGCGCCCUGCCCCUGUGGGACCGCCUGCUGCUCUACGAGAGCAACGCCUACAAGGACAUCCUGCUCUGGGACUUUGAGGACACCUUCUUCAACCUGACGCUGAAGGAAACUCAUUUCCUCCAGUGGGUCAAUAGCAGCUGCCCACGUGUCAGGUUCAUCUUCAAGGGCGACGCGGACGUCUACGUGAACAUCGAGAACAUCCUGGAGAUGUUGCAGGAUAAAGACGCCGGCGAGGAUCUGUUUAUCGGUGACAUCAUCGUCCACGCCAAGCCCAUCCGCAAGCGCACCUCCAAGUACUACGUGCCCGAGUUUAUGUACGGCGGCGGCUUGUACCCGUCCUACGCCGGAGGGGGCGGGUUCGUCAUGUCGGGCCACACGGCCCGCAGACUCAGCGCUGCGUGUCAACAGGUGGAGUUGUUCCCCAUCGACGACGUCUUCUUAGGGAUGUGUCUCCAGCGCAUCGCCGUCAAGCCCUACCCCCACAAGGGGUUCCGGACGUUUGGCAUCCCCCGGCCGUCCGCCGCGCCCCACCUCCAGACCUUUGACCCCUGCUUCUACAGGGACCUCAUGGUGGUCCACAGCCUCACUCCUCCCCAGAUCUGGCUCAUGUGGAACCUCCUCCACGAUCCCCACCUCCGCUGCCACACCGGGGGGACUCCCUCGACGGGAACCUUCCGGUGGAGCGACGGUGGAGCUGGAGGAAGAGCUGGAGGAAGAGCGGCAACAGUAGACCCAGAGGAGGGAGAGGAAUUACAGACUACAGACUAUGGAUUGGAGGAUGUGUUUGUGAAGCAUUAGUCUGUUUUGGGGGGGGGGGGGGGGGGGGGUCUGAGUGGGAGCUAGGUCGACAUCUUUAAAGCAGGCCUUUAAACUGCUUUAAGUUACGAGUCAGGUGAAUGUUUUUCCUUUUUGAAACUGACAAGAGACAUGGUUAUUUGGGUUUAUUUAGGCUAGUCUUAAUGGGGACAAGCACACUGAUUUAAGAAUGUGAAAACAAACUCUGCAGGUUAUGAGUGCAAUUAUAUUUUCUGUCUUGUGUUAUUGUUUUAAAUGACAAUGCAGCCAUGUGAGGAAAGCAAUGGACAAAUAAUUAUAACAUGUUGAGCAAAGUUUAAGUGUUUCCUACCCACAGCAGAACAGAGACAAUAGACUGCAUGGACCCUACAUCCCUGAAGUGGGUUCCUGUUGUACUUGCACAUAAAAGUUAUGAGUUCUGUCUUGAAAGACACAUUCCUCAUCUCUGCAUCUGAGCUGUCUGUCUGCACAUGGACUCUUCUCUUUAUUGGAUUUCUUAAAUGAGGACCAGGAGUACCCUGGGCAGAAAGUGCUUUGAUUUUGAUUCAAACUUAUUUCCUCCUUCAAGAAGGGCUUCCUGUUCUCUCACACAAAUCGUGCCAUAAAAGGAUUUUUAUUGUC